CGAUAAGCAGGUGUACAUUCGAGAAAAUUUCGUCGUUUGAACUACGAAUUGGAUGAGUGAAUUUCCAUGUUGUGAGGAAAAAAAUUAAAUUUGCCGGUUAAUGCUGAAUGACUUAUUUCCGUAGUCAACGCACCAAUAGGGUAGCUUUCGUUCGACCUACAAGUGCGUAACCAUAUCCAUGGGCAUGAGAUAGUAUUGUCAUAUGCCUGCUCAGAGUUAAUUUACCUGUCGAUGUUGUUGUUAAGCGUAUCAAUAUAUUCUUCAAGUUUAAUCCCAUUUUAUUGUUGUGAUUAUUGAAGGUAAUUGUGUUACGUUAGAUAAUUGUUCAUCGCAUUUGCUAACGGAUCUUAUUAUUGGCAAUUGUACUUACCAUAAAUUUCGUUCUUUGGAUAUGUGUGCACUUAUCAAUUGCCAAAGAGCAUCUUCUAAAAAAUCCAAAGCUAAAAUAUUCAAUUAUUUCUGCAAGGAAUUAUCGGAUGUACUUGAAUGUGAUCCUGAUACCAUUGAGAGGACAGAUGUCACUUUUGUUGUUGGUCAGAAUGUUUAUCAUGGAAACCAAAAAACAAUUUCCAUAUUGAGUGAGGAGCUGAAAAAAUGCUUUCAGUCAGAAAGCGAAGACUUCGAUCACAGCUCUACACAUGGUUGCAUACUGAAAGUAACUAGAUCAAAGUCUUCGUCUUCACUCAAGGUGUUUAUUGAUGCAUCUGCGGACAUUUUUGAAGCGGUAUUAAAUUAUAUGCUUACUUUAAAGCUUACUGUGCCCGAAGACCUAAUACCACACGUUUACUAUCUGUCAAAAUGUCUACAGAUCAAAACUUUGGAGACAACGUGCAUCGAGUUUUUAAUUCACAAUUUAUCAAUCAACAGUGUUGGGGUUCUGUGUAGCUUUAUUCAGUUCAGUGGGGUUUAUCAAAAUAGUAAUGAAUUUGCUACAAGUCUCACAUCUUAUUCGCCAGAAAUGUGCCUAACAAAAACAUUACACCACUACUUGUUAACGGAAGCAGAUGCCAUCGCUUGUUCUCAAACAGGAAUUCUUAGUGCUCGUUUGAUAGUAAACCUUACAGGCAAUUUCGAUUCAUCAGAUGAUCAAAAUGGAAUUCAAGAACCUUCCAACGAAUAUUUAGCCGUUGGAGUUUUGCGAUGGGCAUUUGAAAAGUUAUUAACAGGCGAAAGACUGGCAAGGGCGGGAAGUGAAGAUAAUGUUUGUUCGGACGAUGAAGAAAGUGACGGGAAUGGCAGCAGUCAUGCUGUUGGGAACUCUAAUGGAUCACAGCGUAAACGAGCAGGUAGUCAAUUUCAGUUUUUGGCUCAAAAAAAUUUGCUAAAUGGAAUUCGUUCAAAAUGUGGUACAUCAGCUCAGUAUAGCCUCGCUUCAGAUGACAAUGAUGAUAGCGAUGAUUUAAAUUCAGAAACUAAAGCCGAGGAACGUGGCUCAGUUUCAGACACUCUGAAUUCAUUACGAUAUUAUAGUACACAAGAUAUACGAAUUUCGGUCGAUAUAAAUGAUUUACCUUUGAGUAAAGACGAAAAUGAAAUGAGUAACAUAUCUCAGAAUGCACAUAGUUUAUUAACUGUUUGUUUAACAACUGGUAAUCAAGAAUCAGAGACUUGUUUACUGGCACCAACAUCUCUUGGAGUUCGAUCAACAUCAAUUUGGUUAGGCAAAUUAGCAGGUUAUUUGGUUAGCCUAUCGAUAAAACGUUGUCCCCCGACACAUCGAUCUAUCCAACAGUUGGAUCAAGAAUUAAUGAAUGAAGUCAAUCAGUCACGAAGUCGUCACCAAAGUCGUGGAUCAUCUAUUUCGAAUACUUCCAGUAUACCAAAUGAUUUAAACAAUCUAAUUGAAAAUGAAUUUAACACCACCAAGUGUUGUGCUGAAAGUGUCUGUCCAGAAUUGUCCGAGUGUACGAGUACCGCUGUACCGAAAUCGGAUAAUGAUGAUGAAGUAACCCGUACAGUAACCGGCAGUUCUGCUUCAAAUUUAGCGCGAGCCAUUAUUGGAUCGUCUUUACUUCAUCAAUCAUUCACUGAUCAAGUCUAUCAAAGUGAAAUUCUCUGCAUUAGUCAUAAUGAUGGUACAGGCCAGGAUUUCCCAUUACGUAUGUUAGAAGCUCGGUCAAGUUUUGGCAUUGGACAAUUGAGUUGUAAUUCAAAGCAUUACAUUGCCAUUAUUGGCGGUUAUAAUCGUAAAGGUUGUUUAGAUAGUAUGGAAUUAUUCGUUGAAAACAAUAGUAAUCAGCAGUAUGAAUCAUGUAACGACGAAGAUUCACCUGUAUCUCCUCCUAUUAUUGGUCCACGACUGACAAAACAAAGAGGUCGGUUAGCUGUAGUAUCCAGUUACUUACAAUCAUUUUCUGAUUUUCCUGAUAUAAUUUAUGCUUGUGGUGGUUCGACAGGCUCCAAGGAUUUAGCAUCUGUAGAUAAACUAACAUGUGAGGCACUGGGAUCCUGGCUUAUCAAUCAUGAAGUGGUAACCAAAAGCCAUCAUGAUAACUUUGAUCACGUUUACACAAACGGCUCUCGGAAAAGUUCUGAUUUCCGUACACGAACAGAUUCAAUAGCACAUAGUCAUGCGUCUUCAAAUGGAUGUGGUCUAUCAAAUGUUACAUUUUGGCAGACGAUAAAGAGUUUACAUGAAGCUCGAACUAAUCCAGUUGGUGUAGAUCUUAGUGGACUUCAACAAGGACCGCUUAUCACAAAUACAAAGGGAUCAGUCCUUGUUGCUGGUGGAGUAUCAGACGCACAGUUUCUAUCUUCUGUUGAAGCCUACAUUCCAGAUAGAGAUGAAUGGAUUUAUAUGCCAACCAUGUUACAAGGUCGUUGUGAAGCAUGUGCUAAUGUUUUGACAUCACGAAAUCUAAUUGUUGUUAUCGGUGGAGUUGUCAAUACAAACACUAUGUAUAAUACUAGUCAAAAUGUAACUGUUGAAGCAUUAGAUCCUCGUUGUGAUACUUGGUUUUAUAUUCCUAAUACAUUAGGCAAUUCAUUCGGACAACUUCGUGGUGCCAGUUUAACAUAUUGUCCGAAUUCUAAAGACAAAUACAUCGUCAUUUUGUUUAAUUUUAAAUUGGUUGAUUAAAACACAGACACUGUCUACAGUAUAUUACUUACAUACUAACGUGUAUUACUCCUUGUGGAAGAUUGCAGGCUGCCCACUAACAUUCUCCAUCGAACUCUCUCUUGAACAAUCCCUUCAAGUUGCUAUUCAUCCUUUUCAUAUCUGCUUCUAUUUCGCGACAAAAAGUGUUCUUUGGCCUUCCUCUUUUCCACUUCCCUUCACCAUUCCAAGUUAGCGCUUAACUCAUGAUGCAGUUUGGUGAUUUUCUCAAUGUAUGUUCUAUCCACCUCCAAUGUCUUUUCCUAAUUUCAUUUUCAGCUGAAAGCCGGUUUGUUCUCUCCCACAGUAGGUUGUUGCUGAUGGUAUCCGGUGAACAGAUAUUGAGUAUGUUGCGUAGACAACUGUUUAUAAAUACUUGUACCUUCUUAAUGAUGGUUGUAGUAGUUCUCCAGGUUUCAGCUCCGUAUAGUAGGACUGUCUUGACAUUCAUAUUGAAGAUUGUGACUUUGAUAUCGGUUAACAGUUGUUUUGAGUUCUAUAUGUUUUUCAACUGUAGGAAUGCUGUCCUUUCUCUUUGCCAGUCCUCACCUUUACGUCUGUAUCAGAUUCUUCUUGUUUAUUGAUAAUACUUUCCAGGUACAUGAAAGAUUCAACAUCUUCCAGAGCUUCUCCAUCAAGUAAGAUUGGGUGAGUGUUCUCCCAGUUGUAUUUGAGGAUCUUGCUUUUCCCCUUGUGUACGUUGAGGCCUACUGCUGCUACACUGUUUGUCUUGACCUGACCUGCAUUUGCUAGUGUGCGUGCGAUAGAAAAGCUAGGUCAUCUGCAAAGUCUAAAUCGUCUAGUUGAUUCCGAGCUGUACAUUAUAUUCCGUACCUGCCUUCCGAUGUCGAGGUCUUCAUCAAUCACUCAAGCACCAGAAGAAAGAGAGGGGGAGAGACUAAGCAACUUUGUCUGACUCCGGUGACCACAGUAUAGAUAUUUAUUAAUUUUUUCCGUCCUGAGCUUAGACAAAAAAGAUGAUCUCUUAUGUUUUAACUAAACAACUGUAACCUAAGAUUGUGAUGAUUUAAAAACAGCAUCAUUGAUUUUUUCACAUUAGCAUUAGUUUAAGUUCUUUCAACUGGAUUCUACUUUUGUCAAAUUUGUAGAUUGUCUUGUGAAAUUGAUAAGUUUUGUUUUUUAUAAUAUAAAUAGUAUUCUUUCGACUGUUACUAUUACUAAUAUUACUAUUGCCAUCGUGAAGAAUCUGUCAGUGGAACAUGAUAUGUACCCAAACGCUUUCCUUACAUAUUUGAAGUUAUCAUUUGAGUAAUAUAUAUAUCAUUCUGAAUUUAUGCAAAACAAUUGAAAUAUGUAUUCAUUCCUCCUUCCUUUCACAAGAUAAUAGCUAUCUAAACUAAAUUGAAUUGAAUGACCUAAUAAAAAACAAUUCUCUAUUAAAUCUCUAAUAUAAUGAUUGCAUAAAGUAUAUACGUUAAUUUAAUUUCUUAAAAACUAUCCUUCAUCGUUCAUAAUGAAAAAAACUUUUGAUUAUUUUAAUGUAUGAAGCACAUGCCAACAUUAAUAAUCAUAACAAUAGUUAUUAUUAUUAUAGGUCGAAUAAUAAUAAUAAUAAUAGUGAUAAUAAUAUACUUCAAUAUGAUAUUCGCUUUAUAUACUAAAAACCAAUUAAGAAUUUAAAGUGCUCUAUUAUUAACUUUCUGAAAUCAUCUAAUUUCAUAAAGUAAAUUAAGAGUAUGAAGUUAUAGAUGUUAUCAAGUUUUUACAGAUUUUACAUCAUCAACUGAGUGACCUUUUCAUCCCUAUACUGGACUUUUCAGCUGACACCCAUCCAUGAUCACGCACAAUAGAAUCGAACCAGAGAACUUCAGUCUUCCACGCGAACACUUAACCUCUAGACCAGUGAGCCAGGACGCAACAGUGUUAAUGUCUAACUUUAAUCAAUCCGUGACACCAGUCGACCAUCUUCCAUCGUCCUCGGUAGGUAAUCGCCUCACAUUCAACACAGUUUAGCUUCACUGGUCUUUACUUUGUAGGUACGCACUGCUGAAAAGUCCCAUACUAGGAUUGAACGUCUAUUUAGUGCUUCCAUAUUUUCAUUGGGGGGUCUAUUUUAUUUUAUUUUACUUGAACACAUUUAUAUUGGUACAGGAGUGCGCCAAAUAUAUAUGCGCCACACAAUUUCAGUUCAUUAAUUGCGUGUGGGCUGCGAUACUGCCCGGGUGCCCAGACCGAAGCAGGUGGUUAUCUUAGGGGGCCACUCCCGAGCCUUUGACCUAAAGGUCCAACCCACAAGGCAGUGGAGCAUCGUGAGGAGAUGCAGUCCCAUGGUAGCCGGUGACCGAAAAUUGGUUCAUACGCCAUUUGUUCCCGCAUGAUACUGGUGCCCAUGUGCACCAUAGAUUUGGAAUCCGGUUAAAGCUCCGGACAUUCGCUUUUCGUCCUCUCAUUUUUGUAAACAACACCCCUGGUGAGAGAAGGCAGUGAGUAGGACUUCCCUGACAGAGGCUGUAUACGCGUGGCCGUGUGGGAGUAUUUCGAGGGGGAGAGCGAACCCAUCCUGCUCUCGGCCAUACCAGGGCGUUUGGGGGCAUUGGGGAGUCUAACCUAGAUUGGUUCAUGAUAUCAACACCAUUAAAUUAAAUUUAACCAAGUCUUUUAGCUACACGUUUUGUUCUUUUUUGUAUUGUAGAAAGUAUGAAGAGUAGUGAUAUUGACAUUCCGUUUGCAAGUCAAAUACCGUUUGACCCUCACCAUUAUAUUCAUCAUUUAUUAUUUUUGUGCGGAAUCAAUUCAUUAGUUUUAAGGACAAUUAGGAGUAGAUAACAUUUUCGAUAAUCGAUGUGACUCUGUUUUUGGAACCAAGCUCAAUUAUACAAUGUUAAUUAAAGACAUGAUACAGUUACACUUAGAAUCUCAAAUUAUAUUAACAUCCACUCAAGAUCAUAUCAACUAACAUGCUUUACAAUCAAUGUUACGUUUAACAAGUGUGUAAUGUUUAUUUCAACUUGUUUUAAAUAAUCGGGGUUUUUUUAUGAAGUGAAGUUUUGUUGUUAGAAUUUCGUCAUAUUGUUAACUUUUUCUCCAUAUUGACAAACUUAUUAUUUUUCUUAAGAAUUAGAAUUACUUUGUUUUGAAGCAGUGAUUCAUGUUACAUUUGUCUAUUUUUGCAGUUCUGUUUAGUCGGUUGGCAUGAGUUCGUAUUCCUCAGGGGAUUAUCAGUGCCCACAAAAUUUGGUUUGUUAAUAAAUGUCAACUAGCUUUAAACCCCUAGGUUAAGGAGAGAUUUAUAUUAAUCUUUCGAAAAUUUAUAUCAUACAAUUAUUCUUUUCAUUUCGGUGUUUUUAUUUUACAAUCUAUAGAUAAUUUGCUAUUAGUUGGUGGAUAUAAUGGUCAUGAAACGUUAGAUACUACAUGGAUAUUUGAUUCAGUUGCUUGGAAAUGGCGUUCAGGACCAAAUUUAAUAUUUGCUCGUUCUAGCUGUUGUACAACAUUGACAUCAGAUCAACGUUAUAAUUUAGUAUUUGGUGGUUAUAAUCCAUUGAAAUUUAACACUGGAUUUUCAGAUACAAUUGAAAUGAUCUUCUAAACAAAAUAAUUAUUUUUCUUACUUUUUUGUUAUUCUGUUAGUCUUUUUAUGUUAUUACUUCAUUUGUUUCUGUUUUUGUUUUUUCUAAUCCUUAAUCACACUGAAUGGCGUUACCGGUUCUGUUUGGUCUCAUUAUAUUAUACUGUUGUUUAUACCUCUCAUUUGUGUAUGUCUAGCUAUCAAAAUGUCUAUGUCAGUAGUGUUCACAUGGUAUGUCACUAUUUUAUGUUUUGAAGGUAAUUUCACAUGACUUACACACAUACACACUGUCUAUGUAUGUAUGAUACAUAUUUGUGUGAUAAAAAAGUUUUAUGUGCGUGCACACUUUCUUUUGUGUACUAGAGUUUUUAUCUUUUCUUCAAUUUUACCAGUAGUAGACUAUUUCAUCAUUCAUCUGCACGUAUAUUCAUCAAUAACAGUAAAUAAAAUAUUGUAGACUGUAA